GCGGAUCCCAUCUGUUCGUUGGGAAACCCCUUCAGUAAUCCACUACAGUCGUCACUGGCGUGAGUAACCCACCGAUAACAGUGAAUGGUCAUGACGUGGACUGUCUGGUUCUGAGAAGAAGCAGCUGCUUCCCCCGGUGUCGAUACGAUCUCGGUGUGUUCGGUCUGGAUACCUGACAGCUUCUUUAGUCGGAUAUGUUUCUGUGAAGGUGGGUCGUCCAGGCAAUGACGAUCACAGCUUACCUCAGAGAAAGGACCUGAGAGAAAAGCAUGGGCAGGAGCGUCUGGGGCUUCUGGCAGAGUGUCUUCUCCACCGCAGUGCUCUACGGCUCACUGGCCCUUUUUACGUCCAUUCUCCACAAUGUGUUCCUGCUUUAUUACGUGGAGACGUUUGUGUCCAUCUACAAGAUCGAUAAAAUCUCCUUCUGGGUGGGAGAGACUGUAUUCCUUAUCUGGAACAGUCUGAAUGACCCUCUCUUCGGCUGGCUGAGUGACCACGCCUUCCUCAGCUCUCCUCAGUCAGGCUCUCAGAUCACAUCGCCAGAGGUGGUGCUGAAGCGCCUGAAGGCCCUUUCUACGAAUGGCCCUCUCUUCGCCCUGUCCUUCCUGGCCUUCUGGGUGGCGUGGGCCAGGCCAGGCCUGCAGUUCCUGCUGUGCCUGUGUCUGUACGACGGCUUCCUCACCAUGGUGGACCUCCACCACAGCGCCCUGCUGGCCGACCUCGCCGUGUCGGCCGCCGACCGCACGCGCCUCAACUUCCACUGCUCGGUGUUCAGCGCGUUGGGCUCCGUCUCUGUUUUCCUCUCCUACUCCGUCUGGGACAAGGAGGAUUUCUACUCCUUCCGUGUGUUCUGCGUGACUCUGGCAGCUUUUUCCGUCCUGGGCUUUUUCGUUGUGUCUCGGCUGCUGCAGCAGCGUUUCAGCAAGGAGAUCCGCUCAAAGCUAGAUGAGGCGUCAACACUGAAGGAGCUGAGUGUCGGUCACGCUCCAUUUACUCAAACAGAGAAACCCAUCACUAUUGGCCAGUAUCUGAAGCAGCUCUCCAAGCACAGAAACUUCAUGUGGUUUGUGUCCAUGAAUCUUAUCCAGGGGUUUCCCUGCCAUUUAAAAAACAACUUUUUUCCUUUUUUCCUGGAACAUCUCUUGUCUGAUAACAUUUCUGCCUCUACAGGUUCAAUCCUGCUCGGGAUCUCUUACGUUGCCCCCCACCUCAACAACUUGUAUUUCCUGACACUGUGCCGGCGUUACGGCGUUUACCAGGUUAUCCGCUGGCUGUUUAUGCUCAAACUGGGACUUAGUGUGGUUAUGCUGCUUGCAGGGGCUGACCACAUUUAUCUGCUGUGCAUCUUCAUAGCUAGUAACCGGGUGUUCACAGAGGGCACCUGCAAGCUGCUGAAGCUGGUCAUUUCCGAUCUGGUCGACGAGGACUACGUGGUGAACAGACGUCAGCAGGCCGCCUCGGCCCUCCUCUUUGGGAUGGUCAACCUGUUGACCAAACCGGGCCAGACAUUCGCCCCACUCAUCGGCACCUGGCUGCUCUGCGUUUACACAGGUUAUGAUAUUUUCCAGAGGACACCUGUGAAGGAUUCUGUGUCUGCAUCCGACUCAGGGACUCCGCCUCUCCGUCUGGGCUGUUUCUACAUGUUGGUGUUUGUGCCUAUCACCUGUGCCCUGCUCCAGCUGGCCACCUGGUCUCGCUUCACUCUUCACGGCCGAAAGCUGCAGGGAAUCAAGACCCUGCGGCAGGGGACCCAGCAUGGUAGUCUCAUCGACGUCAAGGCCAUUUAAACUAAAAGAAAGCAAACGCACGGAGCUGCACAAAGACACUUUUUAAAUAACCGUUUUUAUGUUUCUGGGAUGUCUUAAAUAGCAAAAAGCUGCCGCGUCUUCACUCUGCAGCCUUCAUCGUGAAAUUCUGAACAUUUACAGAAUUUUUUUUUUUUUUUGUACAGUAAAAAA